GAUAAUUAAAUAGUACAUGAGUCCAUGCACGUCUAUAGUUUUGUAAGAUCCUUAUAAAUAUCACCUUAUGUAAUACCCUCCACAAGCAUCAAACGACAUCCUAGCAUAUGCAUUUCAUUCUCUAUAGCUUCUACUACAAAUUGUUGAUCUUGCUAGUAGCUAUGGAUCCUAAUGGCUCCUAUCCUAACAUUUUGCCCUUGCUAGUAGCUAUGGAUCCUAAUGGCUGCUAUCCUAACAUUUCCCCCUUGCAUCAAGCAUUGAGAGGCACGACAGCCAUGCCGAUAUUAAAAGAUUUUGUUGCCCUUGAAUCCCCACCAUCAGAUUCACCUUCAAUAGGAAAUUCCUCACCAACCAUCCAUGCACCACAAGAAGCUACCGUGAUGUCGGUCAAUGAUAGAUCCAUGAUUCCAUACCAAUCACAUACACACCUCGCACCACUACCCCCACAAUUGGGUGAUACGAUCCCUAAUCCUUUAUCCUUGGAAAAAAGAGAAAUGUUCUCACAUGAAGAAUUCCUCACAAAUCCUUUUUGGAAUGACUUCGACUCAUCUCAUCAGAGGCAAAAUUUGUCCAUGGAGGAUUCAUUCUUCACAUCGUUACUCCAAACAGAACCAAAAUUAAUUGUUCAUUCUCGACUUACCGCUAUGGGAGAGCCGGAUGAUGGUUCCAUCUUUAAGAUGGACAUCAAGCAUGUCUCAGAGCAGGAACAAAACAUACAUGAUGGGAGAUUAUUAUUUGAUGAUUCUCAUGGUGUACCUACCCCUGGUUCUCGAAGCAUGCAGUCCUCACCUAUUCCAAGAGAAGAUAAAAUCCCUCUAGUUGGUCCAAAUGGCAUUUCUGAUAGUGGUAUUACACAUGGUCCAACAACAUCACGCAAGUACACAUGCAAGAUUUACAGUGCCACAUUCAACUCAUCUCAAGCAUAUGGUGGUCACAUGAGUUCGCAUAGCAAAGCUAGGAUGAAAAGCCUACAAAGUUGAUCUUGCCACGCAGCUAGAUAUCCCAUGAUUAAUAUUAUUGGGACCAAUAUUUCUCGUAGCCACACAAUGGAUGAAUGCACAAAGGUUUUAGCGAGGGUGGAGAAAAUUUCUAAGAGGUUAUUUAUUCCUGGAAACAAAAUUAUCAAUAGAAGCCCAAGGGUGAAGAUAUAUUAUGUGGGUGUGAAACUAUAGGAAAUUAUUUUCUUGACUAUGUUUGUGUUGUUGUUUCCCUAUGUUAACAAAAGAUCCAUCUUUGAUGGUCGUGUACUACACCAUAUGUUCCAUAUAAGGUGCAUCAGUAUUCAUGUCAGUUAAUCUUAUGUAUGUUUGAUCUCAUGACCAAAUUCAAUCUCUACAAAAUAUAUUGUCAUCCUA